AUGUACCGCAAGCGGGGAGCCUUCUCGUUGCCUAUUCACAAGCCCGGCGAUAGUGUCUGGAAACCAGCUGACAACCGUGUGGUGCUAACGUCAGUCAUGUCCCGCAGCUGGAAGCUGCAGAUCCCUCAACCCCAAUCUCGGCUCAGCCUGGUUCUUGAAGACCAAAUGACCAUAGAGACUGAUAGAUGGGCCGAGGCCGGAUCUCCAACUGAUCUCGCUCCCCAUCAUCUGGGUUUCUUGCCCAUGAGUGGACGGCUUAUGAAAUCUGAAUCGGAAGAUUCCGGCGUGGAGAUGGCCAGUGGCGAUCACGCCCCUUUGACUCCGGUGGAAUCCGAAAAGAGCUUUUCUUUGGAUUACCAAGAUGGUUUCCAGAUGGCAGGAGAAGAUGAGUCUGCUCCAGCCCCCCGGGAGGGUUGCCCCAAAGAAGAUGGGCCACAAGAACUGCUGCCUGUUCUGGAUCGUGCCUACUGGCAAGAACUUUGUGUCAAAAGGAAGUUCACCGAGAUGGGUCAGAGGUCCCAGAAGAACCACUUGUACGUCCGUACGCCCAACAAGCUGAUCCAGAGGCGUCAAAGUCUGGUAGAUUUGGAGGAGUUGAAGUCCCGCUACCCACACCGGCCAGUGAGUGUUGACGGGCUUCUGGAUGAGGCUUCUGGAGGAUACAGUCAAACUACAUCAGGCCGCGGCACCCUUGAGAAAACAGAAAAAAAGAAUGUCUCCAUGUCUUCACCUUUCAUAAUCCCUGCAGCUCGGUUCUCGGCUGCAGAAGCCUUCCGGAAAGACCUGACUGCGAAAUGUCGGCCGGAGCUCCAAUCCCAGUCGCAGAAUGAAGCUGCUCCUUCGGCCACAGACUGGGCACAACAGCCAGCAUCCCUCCCCAUGCCAGGGCCGGGUGUACGCUGCCUGGAGAACCUCUGCCAACUGAUGGAGAAAGUUAGCCAAUUGCAGAAAGCCAACACGCAACUCCAGCAUGAGCGUCAACUACUGGAGUGCCGAGUCCGGGCCUUGGAGUGCCAGGUCUGCACCCUACAACAGGAGAAGAAGUGCUUUUUUGAACAAAUUACAGAGGAGCCUAAGCAGCCUCAAACGGAUCCCCAGCCGGGUGAUCCAGAAGCCGUGGAGACUGAAAAAGAGGAAGAGGGAAAUCCCGCGAAUGAAGAGGAAUAUCUCGAUUUAGUGGACUCUUGGCAUCCGCAUAGCUUCCGGGCUCGUUCUGCUUCAGAUACACACAUGUUCCGGAGACAAACCCAUCAUCUGGGAAACAAGAUUGAUCGUUCUAUGAUGUCAGCCCUUCACUCUGCCAGUUCACCCAGCUUAGUGGAACGACUGGGUAGCGGCUUUCAUACUUGGCCAUCAAGCCAGAAGGCAAAGAACGACCGAUCCCGCUGGGGUAGAGUUAAGGGGCUGUUGAACAGGAUUAGAAGGAGGUCUUCGAAGACCAGUGAAGUGAUCCCAUCUAGUGAUACCGCAACCAAAAGCAGGCACCGUCGAGCAGACCCUGAGUUAGACCAAGAGGGAUUCUGCCCAAGGCGGCGUUUUCUGCCCAAUCUGAUGGUGAAGAUACAUCGGUCAAAACACGUUUCCAUGGGAUGA